UUAAGGAAGAAUGGGCGAUAUGGAAUUUGGCCAUAGUUGCUAUGAAGCCAGGUAAACUGGUUGAAUUGAUUGGCUAGUUAUUUAUAGAUGAGGAGUUAAAACUUUUUUGCUGGCAGACAGCUAAUAUCAUAAGGUCAUUUAGCUUGGGGCCGAGUCGGGAAAGAGGUUUUACGGCUAUUACAGCAGGCAGAUAUAACCUGGGCAUGGACUGUGGGGAAAGCAUCCUGUGUGGGGCAGGUGAACUGGAGUUGGACCCCGACAUUGUGAGUGAGGAGGCUGGAAAGCUGUAUUCGGAGUUGCAGACGGUGGUUGAGACCCAUGGUGCAGGUGUGGUAGAAUCCCUGGUCCCCAUACUUGUGUGGGUGCUGGAGGGACUGGCCAGCUGUAGAGCCCAGCUCAGGGAGAGGGAGGAGGAGGCGGAGAAGGAGAGAGGAGAGAAUCAGGAGCUGCUGGAGAGAUACCAAGCAGAGAAAGUGCUGAGGAGAGAAAAUCAAGAGAGGUAUCUAGAACUUGAUGACCAAAUUGAACAGGAAAGGAGGACCAUGAAGGCAAGAGAGAAAGAGAGAGAGCGACGUGAAAAAGAGCUGGAGAAGAAGGCUAGAGAGCAAGCGGAUCAGUUGGUGGCCUUGGAGGAGCAGAGGACAAGUCUGGGCAGAGAACUGAGCGCACUCAGGCACACCCACAACAAGUUGACACGGGAACUGUUGGAAAAGAAAAAAGAUCCUGAAAGAGAGUCGCCAUUAAGGAACCAGACGCGUCCCAAGAGUUCAGAAUUUCCACCCAUCCAAGUCUUGGCGGAACCCAGUGAUAAUGACAAGAUUGUUCCAAGACCAGAUUCCCUCUCUGAUCCCUCCAUUUUGGAUGAUCCAGUAGCCAAGGAGGAAGGGAGAAUAGACAUUUUAGUAAAGUGUGCCGAAGAUCCGUCCUUUAUUACCGACAUCAUAAACUCCACCCCUGAGCUGGCACAAUUUCAUGGCCUUCUGGAUAACAGCACACCAGUUAGAACCAGCCCCAAAAAACCGUCAAAAGAUGAGCCCAACACCAGUUUGAAGGAGGAAAUGAGCGAGAUGGUGGAGAAGGAAGGAGUGAAGGAAGAAGAGGAGCGAGGAGGAGAGAUGCAGCAGAAAGAUGAAGAGGAGGAAGAGGAAGAUGAUGGUAUGGAGUGGGAGCUGCGCAACACUGACUCCUUGUUCUCAGAACUAUCGGAGCUGAGCCGGGAUUAUGUGGAGAGCGUGGACCAAGGGGCCAGUGUCAGAGGCAGCACCGACCAGUUUGAUGAGAUUCUUUCUCAGUAUGAGGAACUGAAACACACCCAUGAAUUAAUAGAUGCGGCUCGAAAGGCACUGAUUUGUAGGGUUGAAGAGUUGACCAAUGACCGUUCAGCUCUUCAGCUAGAAGUGACCUCUCUGCAGCAAACUCUCACCCGACUGGAGUGCAGGACGAAAGAGAUGGAGGAAGAAGCCAAGAGGCUUCGGAAAGAACUAGAAGCAUGCAAGUCUGAAGACCCUGAUGACUCUCUGCCCACAUCCAUGCGCCGCUUCUCUCGCUCUGAAAUGGCCCGUGUGGUGAUGGAGAAGAACCAGUAUAAGGAGCGUCUGUUUGAGCUGCAAGAGGCGGUCAGGCGUAGUCAGACCCUCAGGGUCACAAAAGAGGAGAGGAUGCCGGAGGAGAAGAGGACAAGCAUAUGGAGACGAUUCAACCGCUUGUUUGGCCUAAAUAAGGAGCCCGUAGUCCUGCAUCCUACUCCAGCGUCCCCGGCGCUCAGUCACUCUCCUGUCGGCUCGCCACGACUACGGGCUGUCACUCAGACACAGACUGAGUCUGUGUCCCCCGCUGCCGUCUCCCCACGUGUCAGGAGGAGGGAGCUCUACAGGGAAAUUCGCUCCCACGUUUGGGAAACUCUGGGCAAACGGCAAAUAAAUGGCUGGAGCAUGCCGAUGUCUCACAAAUCUGUUGGUGGUUGUAUAUUGUUAUUGCAGGAAUCGCUGGAACCUAUCCCCGAGCCCAAAGAUGUGCCUGUUCUAAUGCAGCUCAGAUUGCUGGAUCAGAGAGACUCCACUUUUAAGCUUAACUGUGCUGUUGCAGUGCCGCCUGAAGUCUCAGGAGAGGCCACGUGCUCUGUGUGGGUAGUUUCCGGCCCUGCCUCCUGCAGUGACAUCACAGUGAUCGACCCGGCACGGUCCAAUACAGUACUGGAUCAGUUCAGCCUCCCGCCCACCUCUCCUGUUCUCUGCAUUUGUGCUGUGCCUCCUAUGGGUGACAGCUCGGGAACAGUGUGGAUCGGAACUCAGGAAGGAAGUGUGCUGGUACACUCUGCCUCCACAAGCAGGAGGCGCUGUCUGCAGUCUGUUUCUCUCUCAGAGGGCGUUCACUCGCUCACGUAUUCCAAGGGUCACGUCAUCGCUGGCUUGGCUGACGGGACGUUGGCGUUUUUUUUUCACAUCACAGGUGGCUGGGAUCUACAGGCGCACAAGAUAAUGCCACUCGGCUCGACCCCGCUACAGCCUAUUCGCUGCUGCCUCGUCAAAAGUGGCCGCUUAUGGGUGGGAUACUGGAACCGGGUGCAUGUGGUUGACAUCGACAGCCAGAAGGUUGAGCAUUCAUUCUCAGUGUCUGAACGUAGCGAGCAGCAGGUUCGCUUCUUGUGUGCGGCCGGAAGUGGUGUUUGGACGUCCUGUCGCCUUGACCCAGUCCUCAGGCUCUUUGAUUGGUCCACCGGUCGGCCGCUGCAGGAGGUUGAUUUGACACCGCUGGUCACCAAGACACUGGGCCCAGCCUUCCUUUCGCUCUCACCUCUCCAGAUCACUUCUCUCACAGUCAUCUCUGGUCGUCUGUGGAUGGGCACAGGAAGCGGUGCCAUAUUCUCUUUACCGCUGUCCAUAACAUCCGAGUCAGUUUCCAUCCCGUAUUGCUCUCUGGCCUCAGCACAGCUGUGUUACCAUGGGCACCGACAAGCUGUCAGGUUCAUCAUCGUCGCUCCUGGCUGUUUGAACACCUCCUCCGACAGCAGCACUGUUUCUACCUCGCAGCUCAUUCUCAGUGGAGGAGAGGGCUACAUCAACUUCCGAAUAGGAGAUGAUGCGAGUGGUGGAUCGGCUGAUUUACCUCAAGCAGCGCCUCAGCGGUCCGAGCGAAGUCACAUGAUCAUCUGGCAGAGUCCCACCCCGUCCCUGCCCAGCCCCGCCCUCUGACAUCAACAAGUCUCCUGCUUCCUCUGGAGCCAGAUAAAGAUGGAAACGAGACAGAAACUGUACACCUGCAUGCACUCUCAUUUUAACUUAAUCGAGCUGCUGAUGGGCGUGGUCACCAUGAAUCUGAACUUCAAACUGCUGAUGGGCGUGGUCACCAUGAACGAAUACUCUAAGUCAUGUAGGAACGGACAACUCCGUCGCAUCCGUCUUUAUCUCAUUCUGUUGAAAUUUGCAUCCGUCCUUUGAUUGAAACGCCCAAGUGACAGAACCCGCCUGACUGUGUGCCUUUACGGCGUAGUUACGGUUAUUCUGAAGUGCAGGUAGCAAAUCUUACCGGGGAUUUUCUUUCCCAUUUGGCCUCCACGUCCAUCACAAGCACCGCGGCGCGUCCAGCAGCACAACGUGAUUCUUUUCUGCCAGGCUUUUCUUUCUUUUUUCCUUUUGUUCCUCCUUUCUUUUGGACCCCCCCCCCUUUUUUUUUCUCCCCAGUUGUACUUGGCCAGUUACCCCAGUCUUCCAAGCUGCCCCGGUUGCUGCUCCGCCCCCUCUGCUGAUCCGGGGAGGGCUGCAGACUACCACAUGCCUCCUCCCAUACAUGUGGAGUCACCAGCCGCUUCUUUUCACCUGACAGUGAGGAGUUUCACCAGGGGGACGUAGCACGUGGGAGG